AUGACGAAGUUAUGCUAUGAAAGGAUUGCCAAGUAUGCUUUUGAGUAUGCGUACCUUGACAACAGAAAAAAAGUGACAGCGGUGCAUAAGGCAAACAUCAUGAAGCUUGCUGAUGGUUUGUUCUUGGAAUCUUGCCGUGAGGUUGCUACGAAGUAUCCUUGCAUUCAAUAUAGUGAAAUCAUUGUGGACAACUGCUGUAUGCAACUUGUUGCAAAGCCUGAACAAUUUGAUGUUAUGGUUACCCCAAAUCUGUAUUGCAAUCUGGUGUCUAAUAUAGCUGCAGGUAAUGUUGGCCAGUACCAUGCCGUUUUCGAGCAGGGUGCUUCUGCAGGAAAUGUUGGAAAUGACAAGAUUGUGCAGCAGAAAAAAGCUAACCCUGUUGCUUUGUUUCUCUCGUCCGCGAUGAUGCUGAGGCAUUUGCAGUUCCCGUCAUUCGCGGACCGGCUGGAGUCAGCAGUGAAGCGUGUCAUCGCAGAAGGGAAAUACAGGACCAAGGAUUUGGGCGGCACCAGCACCACCCAGGAAGUCACAGAAGCGGUGAUUUCCAAGAUUGGUUAACGACCAAUCGUGUAUGUUUUUUGAAUCGAGCCCCCCAUUGGACUAGGCUACUAGUCCUGACUGAUUUUUGUUGAUUGUAGUUUUAGAUCAUCGUUUUGUUCAACAAAUCAUUGUAAAUCUCCGGGCGUCUAGUUAUGGUUAUGCUUCAGAAUAAUCUGAGCAACUCACCAUGAACAGUUAUUUCCAUAUUAUAACUGGAAAUAAGAGAGAAAAUACAAGAAACAAUUCUCUUUUCAAUC